GUAGAAGAAAGACAUUGCCUCCCAACUAAAAAGCGAAGGGACGCAUCAUGUUCGUCGACAACGAUAGUUCUACCAUCGACUUGGAUGACGACUUCUUGGCAGGAGUGGGUUCAGAGGCUGGCAGCGUAGAAGCUUCAGGGGGUGGAGUAGUCACUGUCGUAGCUCAGAAAGUUACCACGGAUGCUAGCCAAUAUGGCAUAGGUGCCGUGCUCGCGCAGCAGGAGGGGCCAAAGUUGAGGCCAGUGGAGUACAUGUCCAAAAAGAUGCCCUCUCAGAAGUUGGCUAAGUCCACCGAUGAGAAGGAGCUGUACGCGAUCUAUAAAGCGCUAACCAAUUGGAGGCACUAUCUCCUUGGGAGGUUCUUCAUCGUCAGGACUAAUCAUCAGACUCUGAAGUGGAUGAGAACUCAGUUUGUGCUCUUCGAUGCACCGAAACGCCGGAUCGAAGUCAUUGAGCAGUAUGACUUCGAGCCCCAGUACCUAAAAGGUGAGUACAACAAAGUUGCUGACGCGCUUUCGCGUAGGCCAGACUUCUCCGGUGCGCUGAUCACUGAGUUUGGGCUUGCGGACGAUGUUACUAGCUCUUUGGUGGAAGCCUACCACGAGGACCAGUUCAUGUCCGAGAUCAUACGCAGACUCGAGGUGAAGGACAAGGUGACUUCUGCCAAGUUUGAGUUGGUCAACGACUUGCUGUUCCUUGAGAAGGCCGGGAAUAAACGUUUGUGUGUUCCUAAUAGAGAGUCUUUGCGUAGUUUAUUUUUAGGUGAGAAUCACGAUGCGAGGGGACAUUUUGGUUUCAAGAAGACCGCAGCCAAUCUGUUGCAGUGGUUCUUGUGGCCCACGAUGAUGAGAGAUGCCAAACUGUAUGUCGAGACUUGUCAAGUUUGUCAACAUGACAAGCCCCGGACACAGGCUCCUCUUGGGCUGCUCAAGCCCCUUCCCAGUCUGGAAGGGCCUGGUGAAACCCUGUCCAUGGAUUUCAUGGAUACGCUAGUCCCCAACAAGAGUGGCAUGAGGUACAUCUAUGUCAUCGUGGAUAGAUUUAGUAAGUAUGCUAGGUUAGUGGCCAUGCCGGAAACAGCAAAGACCGAGUACGUGAUCAAGCUAUUCAAAGAAAACUGGGUCAGAGAUUUCAGACUGCUUAAGUCUAUAGUUAGUGACCGGGAUGUGCGAUUCACCAGUGAACUGUGGAAAGCUGCAGCUGCAGAACAGGGCACGCAGUUGCAAAUGACAUCAGGCAAUCACCCAGAGGCGAAUGGGCAGGCAGAGCACAACAACCGCGCUGUACAACACCUGCUGAGGCAUUACAUCAAGCCAAAUCAGGUAGACUGGGAUGAGAAACUUGCUCUCAUCGCCAGCCUGUACAACAACGCUGUGCACAGUGCUACGGGAGUAGGCCCGAACAGCUUGCUAUUGACUUUCAAGCCUAGACUGCCUUUGGACUUCCUACUACCUGAGAAUCAGUCAUCUGCUGCACCAGGGACUUUAGAGUUUGCUUAUCGGGAUGAGCACCUGAUGCAGCAGGCUGUUGAGCAGAUGUAUAAAGCACAGGCGGCGAUGAUAGAGUCAGAGAACAAACACCGCCGCCCAUCUACAUUUAUUCAGGUAGGAGAAAGAGUCUGGGUUAAGUCCUCAGAACUAGGACAAGAGCACGGGAUCUCCCGCAAGCUCGUGCCACAGUACUUUGGACCAUGGGAGGUUCUAGAUGUCGUUGGGGAUGAACCGGAUGGCCCUUCUUAUGUUAUUCGUAUCACUGGUCACCUACGCACUUACCCUGUUUUCCACGUCUCAAAGCUUGCACCUUUUAAAGAAACAGAUCAGCUUCCCUCUCGUCGCUCAAUGCUGCCCCCAACCAUGGAUAAAGAGGUCGACAUUGACGACAUCGUUGACCACAAGGAAAUGCCAGUUCCAAGACCUACAGGCAGGGGACGUCCUCCGAAACCGAAGAUGCAGUAUCAGGUUCGGUUCAGACAUCAUACUGAUCCAAAGGAGGAUUGAUGGUUUACCAGGGAGGAACUGAUGCAGACCGCUCCUCAGGUUGUGGCUCUAUAUGAAAAGCCUCUGCAGAAAGGAAAGC